GUUUGUGUCUGAACUACCUGAGAAAGAUAUCUCAAAUGUGGUGGUCCAGUGUAGGUAGUAUUCUACAAUAAGCUGUCAUGGUUUGUGUCAUGGACACAGGAAACACAUCUGAUAGAUGGUUGACACCAAUGGUUGACACCAAUACUGUUCGAUUAACCAUGUUCCAACAUCAUCAACCCUCACCUUGACCUGUCUGUCAAUAUGCAGCCGACAUUUGGUGGGGUAAACUUAAAAUAUGAACAUAGUUAUUAAAUAUAUUGUAUCCGUAACCAUUUCAUUAUGUUUUGAGUAGAUUCAUUUAACAUAUCAUUUGAAUACAAUAAUCAGUAGUCGCCUUUCACGGGAAGCUGCGGGCUUUUUCUAGUCGAUGGGCUGGGCAUAUGAAAAUCAGAAGAGCCGAAAAAUCACUUGAUCAGUCCUUGACGUUUGCCAAUAUUUAAGAGGAUAUAAAUGUCAAGACAAUAAAGUGGCAGUCAGUUGAUGAGUGCACGGUAGUGGUUAGUCUACCUCGACAGAAGUUAAAGAAAAACGUGGGACCUGUCACCCGAGACAUUCACAGUGAAGGUUCUUCUAAAAAGUAGAACAAGAAGAUAAUUCGAGAAGUGUUGGUUGGAAGAGGCGAACGGAGUAAAUAUAUUAUUGAUUGAAGAAUGUCAGCUGAAGAUAUCGCGAAGGCCUUGGGCAAUCCAGGAAAAUUUCAAAUUCUUUUGACCAUAUUUCUGUGUUUAAACUACGUGUAUGUUGGAUGGAAUCAUCUUGGUAUGGCGUUCAUUGGCGCUAAAACUAAGCAUCAUUGUUCGGUCAAAAACUCGUCAAAUAUCAACUCUCUCGUGCCGUUAGUGAAAAAGAACGGCAAGGAACAAUGGGAUGGAUGUAACUUGUACUCUGACCACAAUAGUUCUAAGAAAGUUGAAUGUUCAACUGGAUGGACCUAUUAUCUUCCUGACAAAGAGCAAACUAUUAUCUCCGAGUGGGAUCUUGUGUGUGAUGAUGCUUACAAAAGCAGUCUUGCGACAACAAUAUAUUUCGUUGGUGUCAUGUUGGGUGGGCUGGUAUUUGGAACAUUGUCAGAUAGAUUUGGAAGAAGGCCCAUCUUGUUGUUCACCAUGUUUACUCCUGCAUUGAUUGGACUCCUCGUGUUUUUUAUCCGAGAUUACGUCGCCUUUGUUGUCCUUCGUUUUGUGCUGGGAUUUCUACUACAGGGUUUACAAAUGACAUCAUUUCUUUCGUUCAUGGAGAUCUUAGCAGCCAAGUAUCGUACAACUGCAGGUGUCGCCAGCAGUAUUUUCUGGUCUUUUGGCGUAAUGUCUCUAGCCUUGAUAUCCUAUCUUAUUCAAGAUUGGCGCUAUAUUCAGCUCUUCUGCACUGUAACAGGAUUACUUCAGAUUGGACUGAUAUGCGUUCUCCCAGAAUCAUUCCGUUGGCUGCUCACCAAGAACCGUUUCGAAGACGCAGAGAGAAUCAUUGAGAAGAUCACAAGUUUUAAUGACCUGCCAUUUCCUCGAGAAGAAUUUGACAAAGUUGCAGACAACAGCAAUAAAUUUGGAGUGAAAAAAAGUGUUGAUGAAAAGAACUACAGUAUUAUUGAUAUCUUCCGGUCUUCUGUUUUACGAAAACGAUCACUUAUUCUGGCCUUUGUAUGGUUCUCAACAUCAUUUGGAUAUUAUGGUCUUGCAUUGAAUGUUUCAAGUUUGGAUGGUAAUAAAUAUCUCAACUUCUUCAUCAGCGGAAUUUUUGAACUUGGGAUAUACUUGGUCACUGUGUUCGUAUUGUUAAAACUGGGUCGCCGAAAACCUCUGUGUUUUUACUCUGUUAUCGGCGGGGUGACUUGUAUUCUGGCUGGCGCGUUAUCGAAGGAUACAGAUUUCUUGAAAGAUUUCACAACUGCAUUGGCUCUUUGCGGAAGGAUCUGCAUUUCUGGGAAUUUUGCCAUCAUAUUUCUGUACACUUCGGAAUUGUAUCCAACAGUUAUCAGAAAUGUUGGACUCGGAGCUGGCAUAUUUUUCGCACGAACAGGGAGCAUCCUGGCACCUCAAGUUUUUUUGUUGGGAAAAUAUACAACAGAAUCAGUACCAUUCAUUAUAUACGGAGCAUGCGUUCUUUUCUCUGGUUUGUUAACCCUACUUAUGCCCGAGACAUUGAACAUGAAGCUUGCCGAAACUAUGCAAGAAGCCACCACGUUUGAAAAGGCGACUGAAAAUUCAGUGGAACUUCAUGUUAACAAGAUGAAUAAGGAUGACGACGUGUUUGUUAUUAAUGGUACCCUGCCAGUUCCUCAUAAACACGAGAAAAUUGUCAGCAUGAGCGAUGAAGGAGCGAUAAGUUCUUUAAGGACAACGAAAGCGACAAUGACAACUGACACAUUAACAAAUUCGCUUGGCAAACCAGGAAAAUUUCAAGUUUUAAUGUAUAUCUAUCUCUCAGCCAGCUGGGUUUAUAUAUCCUGGAACCAUCUAGGAAUGGCGUUCAUAGGAGCGAAAACAAAACAUCGUUGCGCUGUAACAAACAGCUCUGAUAUAACUUCUCUUGUACCGUUAAUAAAGAAAAGAGGAGUAACCCAGUGGGAUGGCUGUCACUUAUAUGAUGGUUAUAAUACUUCAAAGAAAAUAUCAUGUCCAAAUGGCUGGUUUUACGAUUUACCAAAGGGAGAGAUGACCAUAAUAUCAGAGUGGGAUCUUGUGUGUGAUGAUGCUUACAAAACCAGUCUUGCGACAACAAUAUAUUUCGUUGGUGUCAUGUUGGGUGGGCUGGUAUUUGGAACAUUGUCAGAUAGAUUUGGAAGAAGGCCUGUAUUCCUGUUCACCACGGUUUCAACAUUUGUUCUUGGGUUACCUCUAUUUUUCAUUAAGAACUACGUCGCAUUUGUUGUACUUCGGUUUUUUCUUGGAUUUGUCCUUCAGGGGGUACAAAUGUCAACAUUCACAAGUCUCAUGGAGCUUUUCGCAACAAAGUACAGAACAUACAUAGGUGUUGGUAUAGGUUUUCCAUGGGCCACUGGAAUUAUGACGCUUGCAUUAUUUUCUUAUCUGAUAAAAGAUUGGCACUACAUUCAGCUACUUUCUACUACGGUGUGUCUCUUGCAAGUUGCACUAGUCUGGUUUUUGCCUGAAUCAAUCCGUUGGCUUUUGAUCAACAAUCGCACUGACCAGGCAAAGAAAGUUGUUGAAAAGAUAAGUAAUUUUAACAAGAUUUCUUUUCCAAAAGAGAUAUUUGAAGAAACAGUGGAUGAAAUGAAAAAGGCAGAAAGAAAUACGUUCAAUGUUAAAAGUUACAACAUCACCGACAUCUACAGAUCAGAGAGUUUGCGAAAACGUUCUUUGAUAAUGAUGGUUGUUUGGUUUGCAACAUCUUUGGGUUACUAUGGCCUGUCAUUAAAUAUUUCAAGUCUCGCUGGAGAUAAAUAUUUAAAUUUCUUUAUCAAUGGCGUCCUGGAGAUUGUCAUUAUUACGACUACUAUGUUUCUCCUGAAAAGAUUUGGACGCCGUCGACCAUUUUGUGUUUAUAGUAUCCUUGGUGGAUCAGGCCUUAUUAUUGCAGGAGCGUUGCCAAAAUCAAAUGAAAAUGUCCAAAUACUUGUGACGGUAUUAGCAAUAAUGUGCAAGAUGCUGGUUACUGGAAAUUUUGCAAAUAUUUUCACUUUUACUUCAGAGCUUUAUCCCACAAUGAUUCGCAACGUUGGACUUGGAGCAGGAAUAUUCUGGACGAGAUUUGGAGGAAUUUUGGCGCCUCAGAUUUUAUUAUUGGGCACCUACACAGCAGAAUCUGUGCCUUUUAUAAUUAUGGGAGGUUUCAUGUUGACGGCAGGCCUGUUAGCACUGUUGCUACCAGAGACGUUGAAUACUAAACUAUGCGAGACAUUACAGGAAAUGUCAGCAAAAUCAGAGAUACCACAGGAGAAUAAUGUCUUAGCGAGUGAAAAUAUUGAAAUUCUGAGCCGAAAAGAAUGUCAGGCGUAGAUCUAUACGCAUC